UUUGUUACAUACAAUGAAAAAUGUUCCUAGAAAAUUCGGAGACAUUUCUAAAAAAAUGUUGCAGAUGGUAACUCAAUUAAAAGCGUCAAGAAUUGAUGUCGUUUUCGACCAGUAUUUUACCCCAUCGAUAAAAGGAUACGAACGUUCUCUGCGAUUUGAAUCUGCACAAUUGGAGUAUACUAUUGCUGGUCCUGAACAAGUCCGUCCUAGUGACUUUGUCAAAGAAUUAAAAAAUUCUAAUUUUAAAGAAGCUCUAGUUGAUUUUUUUAUUUUACACUGGGCUUCUGACGAAAUGGCGCCGUUUAUUGGCAAUAAAAUGAUACAUAUAAAUUUCAGAAAAUGUCAUUCGUUUACUGUUAAUGAGGCCAAAAAAGUGAUGUCAGGUGUAAAUGAGGAAUUGUCUUGCCCAGAGCAUGAAGAAGCAGACACCAAAAUAGUGUACCACGCGUGUAAAAUUAACCAUGAAGCAAACAUUGUGAUUCGAACUGUUGACACCGAUGUUGCUGCUAUAAUGCUAAGUCACAUGCAUCGUCUUAAUGAUGGAUCACAUGUUUGGAUGCUUACAGGAGCUGGAAAUAAUUUAAGAUAUGUGGACCUAACUAAUAUACACGCCAAAUUAGGAGAAUCUAUUUGCAGAAGUUUACCUGGACUACACGCUUUCACAGGAUGUGAUUACAAUCCUGCAUUUUACAGAAAAGCAAAAUUAAAACCGUUUAAAUUGUUAAAAAAAUAUGUAGAGUUUCAACAAGCAUUCAUGAAGUUUGGUGACAGCAAAAUCAUCGAAAAUAACAAUGAACAAGUAUUAAUCUUCGAUAUAAUUCAAAGUUUUGUAUGCUAUCUAUACAAUAUGAAUGAUAUCAAUGAUGUUGAUGCUGCUAGGCUACAAAUGUUUAUUAAUUCGUAUACAGUAUCUGAUGUGAACGAAGCUUUUAAUCGAAAAAAGUUGCAAAAUUUCGAUGCUAGCUGUUUACCACCUUGCAAAAGUGAGCUAUGGCAGCAAUUUUUGCGAGCGAAUUACAUAUGUAGCAUAUGGAACAACGCUCACUUACAAAAGCCAACAGCAUAUAAACCAGUAAAUAAUGGUUGGAUACUGGAAAAUGACCACUACUAUUUUAAAUGGUUUGAAGGAGAUCAAUUACCGACUUAUGUCAGCGAAUCUCUAAAAACAGUUCCAGAAAACAAUGAAGAAGGCGAUAUUGAAGACGAUCAAUCCACAGAAUGGAAUAAUAGUGACGAGGAAUAUGGAUGUAUUGACGACGACGAUGAAAAUGAUGAAAAUGUUUAAAGAUUUUAUUAAAAUAAAUAUAUUUUUCUGUAA